UCCAUUUAUUAGUCGCACUGCACAAAAGCUUCAUUUGAAAGUCAGCGAAGAGUAAGCCUUCGGCGCUCGAUACCCAUUUUUGUUUCGACAACGGUUAUCCCGCCUAAAGUGACGUGGCUGAUAUCUCGAUAAGCCGCGAACUUCCGUCGCGAUGCUUCAUCAUAAGCAGUUCGUACGCAAGACCCGCAAAGGAGCCAUACAGCGGGUGGUGCGGGAGCACUAUCUGCGCGACGACAUUCCCUGUGGCGUGCUGCCCUGCGCCAAUUCGCCCGCCACUUCCUGCGACAAGGACUCCGCUCGCCUCUCGCCGAACAACGAACCCAUCCUCGUUAUAGACACCAACGUCGCCCUGCACCAGAUCGACCUAUUAGAGAACACCGCCAUCAGCAACGUGGUGGUGCUGUCGGUGGUGUUAGAUGAGGUGAAGAGCCGCAACGUGGCGGUGCAUGGCCGCCUCAGGGCGCUCGUGGCGGAUGAGAACCGGCGCUUCUUCGUCUUCUCCAACGAGCACCACAAGGACACGUUCAUAAAGGGGGAGCCGGGGGAAAGCCCCAAUGACAGGAAUGACCGAGCCAUCCGGGUGGCAGCGCAGUGGUACCAGCAGCACCUGGGCGGCAAAGUGCCGGUCGUCCUCAUAACAGACGACAGAGCCAACCUGGCGAAGGCGGUGGCGGGCGGCAUGAAGGCGAUGAGAGUGCGCGAGUAUGUGGCGUCACUGGGGAGUGUGGAGCUGAUGGACCUGGUGGUCAGCGCGGGGGAUGGGGAGGAGGGGGAGGGCGGGGAGGGGGAUAAGGCGGCUAGGGAGGAGGAGAACCGUGGGCUCCGGACGAAUGUAUCACGGAGCAAGAGGAAAAGGAUUUACACUGAUCACAAGCCCAUGUCGGCCAUAACAGCGGGGCUGCAGCGCGGGGUGUAUCACCAGGGCAAGCUGCGAGUCAGCCGCUACAACUGCUUCGAGGCGUUUGUGGGGUCCGAGUCCCUGGGGGACGAGAUCCUCGUUAUAGGCAGAUGCGAUAUGAACCGCGCGGUGGAUGGCGAUGUGGUGGCGGUGGAGUUAUUGCCAAGAGACCAGUGGAAGGAGCCGACCAGUGGGGCGCUGAGGGAGAGGGAGGACGACCACGAUGAUGCUGCUGCUGAGGAGCAGGGCGAGGAGGACUCGGUGGGCCUCCCCCCCGCCUCUGCCGACGACGCCCCUUCCUCUCUCUCCUCUGCUGCUGCGUCCCUCUCCCUAAACAAGGGGGACGAGGGCAAGGGGGAGGGGGAUGGCGGAGGUGGGGGGAAGGGCGGGGGAGGGGGAGGGGGAGGGGGAGGGGAUGAGGGGAGGAAGGGACCGUCGGAGCUGGCACGGCCUACAGGGCGAGUGGUGGGGGUGAUCAAGCGCAACUGGCGCACCUAUGCAGGUUCCCUGGCCCCCAUGCGCACGGCCCCAGCCUCAGCAGGCGCGUUGGUCCGAGCUCUCUUCGUGGCUGCCGACCGCAGGGUGCCGCGCAUCCGCGUCGAGACGAGGCAGGCCGCCCAGCUGAUGGGCAAGCGCAUCCUAGUGGCGAUCGACAGCUGGCAGCCUGACAGCGCGUUCCCAUCGGGGCACUAUGUGAAGACCUUGGGGGACAUCGGCGACAGGGAGACAGAGAGCGAGCUGCUGCUGAUGGAGAAUGACAUUGACGCGCGCCCCUUCUCCCAGCAAGUGCUGGCGUGCUUGCCGCCUCUUCCCUGGUCCGUGUCCGCUGCGGACGUGACCGACCCGAAGAGCAAGCGGGAGGACUUGAGGCACGUGCGCGUGUUCAGUGUGGACCCCAUCGGGUGCAGGGACAUCGACGACGCUCUGCACUGCGUGCCUCUCCCUAACGGGAAUUUCGACGUGGGAGUCCACAUUGCGGACGUGACCAAUUUCGUGCUGCCCGGCACGCCGCUGGACAUAGAGGCGUCGCAGCGAGGCACGUCCGUGUACCUGGUGGAGCGCCGCAUCGACAUGCUGCCGAAACCAUUGACCGAAGACAUCUGUUCCCUCCGCGGCGGUGUGGAGCGAUUGGCGUUCUCCUGUAUAUGGGAGAUGACCCCCGAGGCGGAGAUCGUGGCGGUGCGGUUCACCAAGAGCAUCAUUAAAUCCGCUGCUGCGCUGUCCUAUGUGGAGGCACAGGCGCGCAUGGAUGAUGAGCGCAUGCAUGAUGACCUCACAAGGGAUCUUCGCAACCUCAACCGCCUCGCUAAGGUGAUGCGGCAGCGCCGCAUCGACAGGGGGGCACUCACUCUUGCGUCACCGGAAGUCAAGUUUGAGAUCGACACUGAGACACACGACCCCCUCGACGUUGGCAUGUAUCUGGUGCGCGAGGCCAACCACAUGAUCGAAGAGUUCAUGCUGGCAGCCAACGUGUCCGUGGCAGAGAAGAUCCUCCAGCACUUUGCCUCCUGCUCGCUGCUCAGGCGGCACCCCACCCCGUCGCCCAACAUGUUUGAGCCACUGCUGAGGACAGCAGAGGCAGUGGGGAUCUCAGUUGACACCUCCUCCUCCAAGAACCUGGCUGACUCGCUCGACCAGGCUGUGGGCCCUGACCCAUACUUCAACAAGCUCAUUCGCAUCCUCACCACUCGUUGCAUGACUCAGGCGGUGUAUUUCCCCAGCGGCCAACUGGCCCCUCCGGAGUACCACCACUACGGCCUUGCUGCUCCCAUCUACACCCACUUCACCUCGCCCAUUCGCCGAUAUGCCGAUGUGGUGGUGCAUAGGCUGCUGGCUGCAGCUAUCGGUCUCACGCCGCUCCCCGAUCAGACCAAGGACAAGAACGCACUCACAGCACUCACGGACAACCUCAACUACCGCAAUCGCAAUGCCCAGAUGGCGGGGCGAGCCUCAGUGGAGCUCCACACACUCAUCUUCUUCCGCACGCGCCCAACGGAUGCGGAGGGUCGGAUAGUGAUGGUGCGCUCCAAUGGGCUUAUCGUUUUCGUGCCCAAGUAUGGCAUAGAGGGGCCUGUCUACCUCAUACCCAAAGAGCCUCCUAAGGGGAAAGCUGUUGCAAUUGCUGCUGCCAGUAAGCUUGACGGCAAUGUGGCAUCAAGUGAUUGGGUGGUGGAUGAGAAGACACAGACGGUGGAGUCUAAAGACGGGAAGCGGCGGUUCAAAGUUUUGGACACAGUGACUGUGCACAUUGAGGUCAUCGAGCCACAGCCAAAUCGUCCCAAGCUGUCGUUAACGCUAGUCAACCAAUGUUAGCUGUGUCUCAAAACUAGACAGUUUUUUACAGGUGGAUAGUUUGUGGAGCUACAUAUUAUUGAGCGUGUCCAUGUAUGUGUACGCAGUCCUAAACAUAUCGGAUAUUCUAG